GGAUUUAACAGAGGUUGCCGAAGAAACCUCAGAACAAGUGCAAGCACCACGCAACGAGGAUCUGUACGGAUAAUUCUAAAAAAUUUUCCGCCAUAGUGGCGAUUUGAUCAACGGUGUUGUGCUCGAAAGCCGUGACCAAAAUCAUUUAAUUCGCGCAGACGGCGCAAAAGCUGUGACGGGGUUCUGUCUCCCAACUCCUCGUCUGGCAUUAGUUCUUUGAAGUGACUCUCUGCAGAUCUGGUGUUACGGCGCAGAAUCUCCGCCUUAACAGACGCAUAAGUGGCGUCUGGUCUGGGAUCUGUAAUUAGAUCCCUAGCAGAGGUGGCGAGUGGUGCGGGCAUGCCACAAUACAAGAGAUGCAACUGUUGUACACACCACCAAGCAAACGAUGAUGGUGAUGAUGAUGUAUAUAAUUAUGAUAGAUUGUUACCCAUUCAAUGUCUAGGUAGACUUCGUCACCCACUCACUCACACUCUCUUUCUUUCUCUCCCCACACAAAAAUGAAACACAUUCCGGCACCAAAAUAAGACUUUCCCUUUGCAACUUUUUGCGCCGAAAUCUAUUUCAUUUUUGUGUGAGGACAGAGAGAGAGAGAGAGUGUGUGUGUGUGAGAGAGAGAGAGAGAGUGAGAGAGAGAGAGAGGAUUGUGUGUGUGAGUGAGAGAAAGAGAGAGAAAUAUAAAGAGAAAGUGAGUGAGUGGGUGACGAAGUUUACCUAGAAUGGGUAACAAUCUAUCAUAAUUAUAUAUAUCAAACAUCAUCAUCACCAUCAUCGUUUAAGGUUUGCUUUCCAUUCUGGCAUGGGUUAGACGGUUUGACUGAGGACUGGCAAGCCAGGAAAAUCUAUUCGAGAUUAUUAUAUAUAUUUUAUAUCCAGUGGUUUUAAGAGGGUAUCACAUGGUGAAAUUGACACAAGAAUACCUCACCAAUAGUUCAUUUAUAACUUUAUCAGAUUGUGUAUUCUAGAGAAUGACUUUAUUGAGGAUCAAGAACAUGUGAUGCUGAUUUUCUCUAACCUUUAUUGAAUUACUUAGAAAAUAUUUGUAUCAGUGGUUGCAAAGAUUUCUUAUAUUGAUUUCAUUGAUAUCUUUGUUGAAGGAAAAACAAACCAUAAACUGAAAUUUCCACUCUGAUGCAUAAUGUUGUAAAAAUGUUGAAUUCUAGUUGAAGAUCAUUUCAUUAAGAGAAAGGUUUCCAAAAUUAUUGUUUGUUUGUUUUUUUUUGUUUUUUUUUAUGAAUAAGUGUUUUACAAAUUUUCUCAUUUAUCACCAUCUAAAAACUAUAGUCUGUUGUUAAUGAUUUGUAAGGAUUUCUGAAAUGUUUCUUUUCUAUUAGUAUAGUCUAGUUUUAAAUCAAAUCCAUGGAAGGUAAGGGCGAAACACAGUCUGAAACUAGUGAUUUAACUCAUCAUACUGAAGUAAAUAAAAAGAAGAAAUCAUAUCCUUGUGACAUUUGCGGAAAGACAUUCUCACAAAGUAGUAAUGUAAUUCAGCAUAAAUUAAUUCACUCUGGUUCAAAACCUUAUGCUUGUGGUGUUUGUGGUAAGAGGUUCACUGCAAAUAGUUCUCUUUCUUGUCAUAAGCGGAUCCACACAGGAGAAAGACCUUACAACUGUAAUGUCUGUGGUAAAGCAUUUACAAUCAAAAGCAAUUUGACAAGUCAUGAGCGCAUACAUACUGGAGAGAAGCCAUUUCAUUGUGAAGUAUGUGGCAAAACAUUAGCUCGCAGUACAGAGUUAGCUCAUCAUAUACGGACACACACAGGGGAAAAACCAUAUCAGUGUGAUGUUUGUGACAAGGCAUUCUCUAAAAAGGAUUCUUUGGUACGUCACCAACGUAUUCAUACUGGAGAGAAACCAUACAGCUGUGAUAUUUGUGGAAGAACAUUCUCUCUAAAGGGUUCUUUGUCCACUCACCAGCGAACUCAUGAAGAUAAGUUAUCAUAUCAAUGUAGUAUAUGUGGUAAAAUAUUAUACCGGAAACAUGAUUUAGUGAGGCAUAAUUGUGCUCGCACUCUACAGAGACGAUUUAUAUGCAAUGUUUGUGGUGAAGAGUUUCUUCAGAAAUGUCAUUUAUUUAACCACAAACAAACUCAUGCAGGAGAAAAACCAUACCACUGUGACAUUUGUGAUAAACCAUUCUCACAGAGAAAUCAACUGCUUGUCCACAAACGUACACACACAGGAGAGAAACCUUAUAACUGUGAUAUCUGUGGUUAUAUGUUCUCUCAGAAAGGUCAUUUGUCUCGUCACAGACGUAUUCACACUGGUGAUAAACUAUACCUCUGUGAUAUCUGUGGUAAAAGUUUCUCUCGAUGUAAUAAUUUGUCAUCUCAUGUGCGUACACAUACGGGUGAGAAACCAUUUGAAUGUGAUGUCUGCGGUGAAGCUUUCACUGUAAAUAGUCAAUUAUCUACUCACAAAGGUAUUCACAGAAGAAGCAAUACAUAUUUCACAGUGAAUAUUGUCAGUAAGACUUUUAAACCUGACAAUUAAGUUUACCACAAAUGGGCUUCUCUCAUUACCAUCAUUGUUUUAAUGUUUAUUUGUCCAUGCCUGCAUAGGUCAGGUGAAGGUUUGUUAGGACAGAGUUUUCUACAAUCAGAUGCCCUUCCUGAUGCCAACACCACCUAUUUCGUGUAUUGGACAAACAACUUGAACAUGGUUGUACAGAAAACUGGAAACAAAUGAGACUUUUUUGAUGAGCCUUUUGUUUACAAAGAUUAUGCAACAUGUCAGGAAGCCUGGACAUAUUUUUGUGAUGAGCUACAAGCAAAUGACACCAUUUACAUGAACAGGGAGGCCAUUGUUUCCAACCAACAAACACACUUGAAGGGGAAAUACAAACUCACACAAGCACAUAUACAGGAAGACGCAUUAUACAACAGGUUUCUUUUAGUUUCCAUCUACCAAAUCCACCUGCAAGGCUUUUAUUGGCCUUGGGCUAUAGUAGAAGACACUCGCUCAAGGUACCACACAGUCAUGCUUGUGCCUGAAUGUGUGAUGGAUUUCUUUCAGCUUCCAUCUACCAAAUCCAUUCACAAGGCUCUAGCCAAUCGUCGGGCUAAAGGAAAAAGUUUGUAGCAUAAGUCUGUAAGACUAGUUCACAUCAUUCAGUACAUAUGGUUGUAUAUAUGGACAAUGCUGUAUAAAACGUUUGCUUGUGAGAAAACCUUCAACUGUAACACCAAACAAUAAAUCGAUGCUAGAAAGUAUCAAUUUUAGUGUUUUUUCUAAAAGUUGAUCUGAAAAAAUUCUUUUUGAAAGUGCUAUGACCAAAAUGAGAUAACAUUUUUGUAGUAUUGACAAUCCCUCAUAAAUUAAUAGCCUCCAUCAUUAUCAAGAUGAAAACAAAGCAAAUGUUUAAUAACAAUUUUUUCCUGGUGCAGUUUUUGUAAAAUGUAAAUUUCAUUAAAAAUAUGUUUCAUAAUUA